AUGACGGCUGACUUCAUUCCGACGACAAAUUCAACAGGUCAUGGUCCUUUCGUCACGUCCGACCAAUGGAUGUGUGGAUGUCUGAGGGCACGGAGUACCGUAGAUUCUCACGAUAUGGAGAAGAUUCCGACACGAGCACGCGGACACACUGGAAUCCAUAAUUUUGCUUGGCAUUCCCACGAUUCACAUAUGCCCUGGCGAGUUGUCGAGCAAAUGGGUUAG